AAAUGACGCAUAAUUAUACUUAAAUGCUCUAUGAUGUGAACAAAUUUCCUUAAAAAAAUAAGGAAGCAGUCAAAGUCAAAUUAAUAAUUAAAUUAUACUCUACAAUUGGAUUUACUUUGAAAGUCCCGACACAUCAUUAUCACUGACUGUUACAGAUUUUAUCGAUAAAAUAUAGAUAACAUUCAAUUAGUUCCAAUUAAUAUUGCUGCUUAUUGUUUCAUUCACGUCCGAUGAAACAUCACAUUUAAAGAAUUUCUGCUCUUUGUUUUAAUAACAAUGGUGUAUCGUCCGCUAUUACUUGUAAUAGCAGUUUAUUGUGUAGUUUGUAAAACAGCGGCAGGCCAAUGUACCAUCGGGCAAAUGUGUGUGACGGAUCUGCAACAAAGCAACUGUCCGGCGGGGACAGUGUUAACACCUAACACCGCCGUAGGGAACUGCUGUCCUAGUUGCCAAGCGGUUCCUGGGACGGGACAAGGAAGCUGUGCACCUCCUUUUAAUUGUCUAAACGAUGGAAGUUAUGCACCAGUGCAGUGCAAAGGCGACAUGUUUAUUGGAAGAUGUUUCUGUACGGACAAGGAUGGGAACAGAAUAUUUGGACAAAUGUGGCGCGACCAAGCUAGUGAAAUGACCUGUGCAUGCAGCCGCAGACGAGCCGAGCUGGAGAGUGCGGGCAGACAGGACGUGACGCUCCACUGCACCUCAGCUGGAGACUUCGAGCCGCUGCAGUGUGACGACGGCCUGUGUUGGUGCGCUCAGCCCAAGACCGGACAACCCACCGGCCUGCCCGUCUUGGAACAGGACAUGUCCCUGCUGCCAUGUUAUAGUGAGGCAGCGUUGGGCGAACAAUAUUUAAGAAAAUGCGAAAGUUUGGUGUUUGCACUAGCCAAGAUACACAGGGAGCAAACCGAACACGGCACAUCCUUCCUCGGAAACCCUGUCACUUUCUGUGACUACGACGGAACCUAUGGACCUUAUCAGAUACUCAAUGGCAUAGCUUACUGCACGGAUCGUGAUGGAGAAAUUUUAGGUUCUUGGCAAAUUAUGUCGAGCGAAAUGGCCGGCAUGAAUUGCAAUUGCGCCCGCGACACUAUACUGUAUUUCCCUGAAAGAGGAGCGACAGUAACCGAAGUAUGUCUGGCAAACGGGAACUACCGGCCGAAUCAAAACGUGGGCGAUACCUUCUACUGUGUCGACAGAGACGGAUACCCUGUUGGAGAACUGGGAGCCGAGUGGCCAACAGACAACUGUGCCAGUCACGCCUGAAUAUAAAAACUGGGCGAGAGAUCGCAACCCUCCCCACUUUGAUAGGAUCAAACAUUGCUCAAAAUACACCAACUAAGCAAUUAAAGCUAUAAUAAACUGAAUUAAAUCAA